AUGUUCACAGUCCCGACCAUCAACUUCCACAUGACGUUCACGCUGCCCUCUUUGCCGCGGCUGCCAAAACUCCCGAAGCUGCCGAAGCUGCAGAUCCGCCGGCGCGUGCAGCGCGCCCUGAUCCGCGUGAUCCUUGCGGCGCUGUUCAUCGCGCGCGCCGAGAUCCGCGCCAUCAAUGUGCAGGGCAUGUUGCUCAGCUGGUUCCGAUUCUGUCCUGAGUUCCGCGAUCAGGCGACGACUGGGAAGAGUGAGUGGUCCUCCGCGUCGCCUGGGGGGUCGGCGGGGAAUUCGAGCGGUGGCUCGGCGGAGGAGGGGCAUGGGAGGCCGUUUAUGGGCAGUAGGGUUUAG